AUGAAAAUCGACGUCCACCACCACUUUUAUCCCCUUACUAUGCGGGCGGCUCUCGAUGAAGCCGGUGGAGACCCCUCUGGCUGGUACAUUCCUCCCUGGACACUCGAACUCGACCAGGAGAUCAACCAGAUUAUGGACGUGCACACCACGAUCCUGUCAGUCACAGCUCCUGGUCCAGUCAUCGCCAAAGACCCCACAGCUGCAGCUCAAUUGGCCCGAGAAUGCAACAUCUCCGCCGCAGGGAUUCGUGACGCCUCCCCAACAAGAUACGGCUUCUUCGCCUCGGUCCCAUCGCUCUUUGACACCGAGCUCGUCCUUGAGGAGAUCCGAUACGCAUUGGACAUUCUUCGGGCUGAUGGCGUAACACUCUUCACCCGCUAUGGACAAGGCCCCAACUACCUCGGCCACGAGGCGUUCAAGCCUAUCUGGGCUGAGCUCAGCCGUCGUAAAGCAGUGGUCUUCGUUCAUCCAACACACCCACAAGACACAGCGCUGAUCAACAACUCCCUGCCUCAGCCCAUGUUCGACUAUCCACAUGAGACCGGCCGCACUGCCUUGGACUUGGCCACUUCAGGUCGCUUACACGAGAACCCCGGUUGUAAAGUCAUCCUCUCCCACGCCGGAGGCACCUUGCCCUACCUCAUUCAUCGUGCGGCCACCAUGCUCCCUUGCAUGCCGCCUGACCGGAAUAUCGGAGUCAGUCGAGAGGAGCUUCUGCGUCGUGCACGGGAGUUCUAUUUUGACACGGCUAUUUCGGCAAACGAAGUAACCCUCAAGGCCUUGGUGGAGUUUGCUCAACCAGGUCAUAUCCUCUUUGGGAGUGACUUUCCAAAUGCGCCCAAGGAUGCUAUUGUUCAAUUUACUCGGUUUGUUGAGAAUGAAUUGCCUGAUGGAGUCACGGUAGAAGACCUGAAGGAGAAUGCGUUGAGUCUGUUCCCCCGCCUGAGGCAGAGCAGUGGCGUAGUGGCGCAUACUUGA